AUGGCCGUAUUUGUUAUUAUGUUCCUCCUCGGCUUGUUUGCAUUGUCCAGCUCGAAGCCCAUUCUCACCAAGGAAUCGCCCGCUGGCUUCCCAGCUGCGGAAUCCCUUUUUGUUCGAGUUCCUGUUGAUGUACCAGUGGUAAAAUCUUCAGAAGCACCAUCGAGAACUAUAUCACCCUCUGGAAUUGACGGCACGCACACUAUAAAGCCGGGUAUCUUCCAAGGUGAUGCCACAAUAGUGAAUAAGCACUCGAGUACCACCCAGACCAGCGUUCUCUUCCCUGCAUCAGGAGAUUGGCUUGACGUGCAGUGUGACGGAGACGCUAGAAUUACAGAUGCUGCAAACCCCCCAAAGGACCGGUUUGAGUAUGCCAAGGUGAGCGAUGCUUGGGACCAAAUGAUGGAUGACUGGAAGAGCAAAGACGACGAUUAUCCAUUGAACUUUGGCCAAUACGCGUGGAACGUUUUCCACUACAGUGACCAGACACAUUGCGAUCUAGUGCAAGAUAAUAACUGUGGCACCACAGUAGAAUGCAAGGCCCCAGCUGCUGGGUUCUUAAUCAUCAACUCUCUCGUGGCUAUUCACAACAUGAUCUUCAACGAAAGGACGGCACUAGGCGAUGCUCGCGAUGAUAUUAAGGCAGACAUUGUGACAUUCCAAGAUACUUUUUCCUCAUUUCCGGACGACAAUCUGCAGGUCAUCAAAUACAUGAUGGAUGCCCUUCAGAUAACCUGGGGGUUCAGUUCAGCAAUCGGCUGGAACGUUUACGAUGACUGGCGAGCGGCCUUUGCCGAUAUGUCCAAUGCUGCCGCCUUUUACGGACUUGGCAUGGGCAAAGACAGUCUCAAACAACCUACAGAUAGUGGCGAAUUGACUGAUGACCUCAAAGUUCUCGUCGACAACUAUUAUAACAAGUUACGUGACAUACAGAGGGACUUUUUGGCGAAUACUCUCAACGCAGUCGACGAAGCCAAUCAGGAUCAGUUGACCAAGAUGGUAGCAAAUGGAGCCAUGAUCCAGGUUGAUCUUGCUACGGACAAUUCUACUUACGGUGAUAUGAUUAUCGAGCAGAAAAAGACUCUCUAUGGGAAAAUGAUCCCAGGUACUUGGGCUUUGUCUCCGGAUAGCCAACGACCGUUUAUUCUCUAUGUGGAUCACGCAGACUAUAACUGCGGGGAUGACGUUGGCCCUGUAAACGAGAGCGAUUUACCUGAGAAAGACGACUGGAAGUUGGGUUUCUGGAUAGACCAAGACACUGCGGAUAAGACCUCCUGUGGCAACUCCUGGUUCUUGCUCAACGCCUACGGUCCCACGAGCUGCAGCGGGGGCGGAGCUGCCGACUGCAGCGAUCGUCCAAAGAUUUUCCAGAGCCUCGAUGGUGGAAACACCGAUACCUUGACGGGCGAAGACAGCACAUGGGGAGGAAUUACUCUUGAAGAUAUUAUUCGCAGUUCAUAUGGAGCAUUCGUGGCAAAUGGCAACAAAAAUGGGGGCUAUAAAAUGCCGGACGAUUCAAAACUGGCCAUUGAUGACUCAAUGAGCCAGAUUGUUGAAGAUGAUUCAGGUGUUUUCAGUAACAGUAUUCGGACUGCCGGAUUUUUCCAAGUCCCCAUCUGCCUGAAUGCGUACGCAGCGGCCGAGCGGGUCGAGAAGAUUUUUGAAGACAGUGACCCCUGUGGCGAAGAGCCAGAUGCUAGCGGGAAGUCAACGCCCAAAAACGAUGACGGAUACGCCGCUGGGCAAUGCGGGGUUCAUAUCACUCAAUACCAACGGAAUGAAGGCGAUGCGGUCAAUCCGCUAGAUGUUUUCCAGCUAAAACUCAAUAUACUUGAUGCUAACCAGGAGAGUAUUGGCUUUAUGAUCAAGCAGGCGGCCGAGGAGGCGCUGAUUGUUCCCAGCAAGCUUCCAUAUGAUCUCUGGGUUCAGGUUGGCGACGGCGAUGACGAUCCAAUUUGUUUCUGGUAUUCCAAUCAAUAUUGGUGCACAGAUAACGAUGACUGGGGAUGCAACAUUGGUGAAUAUGACAGCGGUGAACGAAAUGGUGACUGCGGCUUCAGUUGCCCUAAUCCAAUGGACGAUUUCCCCACGACAACCUACGAUCUUCCAUCUCCCGCGAAGACCGCGUAUGACGGAACCAGUGUCCCAACAAGCACCGCAGCACCGCCGGAAGUGACUUACGCCCAGGGCGCUUGUGGUGUGCAUGUGAUACAAUACCAGAAGAAUGAGAACAAGAACGGCCUCAACCCGACGGACUAUUAUCAGGUGCAGUUCGAGGUGAAGGAUGCAGACAACAACCUCAUCACCACGUCACCCACGUCCCAAGCAGAGUCCGGCAAUCCAGUUACGAUCCAGGGGGAUGGCCUUGAGUAUCCCUUCUCUGUGACGGUAGGUGAUAUUGACUCGGAUCCGGUCAGCUUCAAGUACAAUGACCAAGAGUGGGAUUCGGAUGCGGAUCAGUGCAGUGUCGGAAAAUAUGACACAGGAACUCGUAAUAUGGACUGCGGAUUUACCUGCUGA